UGAUCUGGCCUCCGCGUGUGUUGAGCUGUUAACAUUCCCCGGUUAUUUUGGGUGCUCUGCACCGCUUGCCUCUCGGCUUUAUUGGCUGCUGGUUGCAUUCAGUCCUUCAGCAGCUGGAGGAGAGUGACAGAGGACGGCCGAGCUGGAACCUGGGCCAGUCCAGACAGAGGGGCUCCCCGCAAUGUUGCUGCGAUUCGGGGUGGUGGUGACACUGGAAGACCGCGAUGUGCAGCUGUUCGUGUGCGGGUCGAGGCCGGAGCUGGGGCACUGGGACCCGGAGCGAGCCGUGCAGAUGGUCGCUGCAAGCAGCGCGGUGAACGAGCCUUCCUUCUGGACAGGCGAGGUGUUGCUGCAGGAGCACAGCACCGACACUUUCUGGUUCAAGUUUGCCAAGCGGAUCCGGGGCCAGUUUGUCUGGGAAGGAAACGGGCCGCUACAUGAUCGGAGCUGCGAAUACGAUGACAGCAACUUAGUGGAUGAUGUUUACUGUAUCCCUGUCGGACAUUAUAUUGAGGACAGUGGGUGUACUAACGAGAUGAAGCACACCACCGAUUUCUACUUUCACAUUGCUGAUCACCAAGCCAUGCACUACUCCAGGAUUCUGCCUCGGAUUUGGCUUGGUAGCUGUCCACGACAAGUAGAGCACGUGACCAUCAAACUCAAGCACGAGUUGGGGGUGACUGCAGUAAUGAAUUUUCAAACGGAAUGGGAUGUUGUGCAAAACUCGGCCGGAUGUAAUCGUAGACCAGAACCAAUGAAACCUGAGUUCAUGAUGGAAUUGUACAAAGAUGCUGACUUAGCAUAUAUAUGGAUGCCAACUCCAGAUAUGAGUACAGAAGGCAGAGUGAAGAUGCUCCCUCAUGCAGUUUACUUACUGAAUGGUUUGCUGGAGAAUGGCCACACUGUGUACGUGCAUUGUAAUGCAGGUGUAGGAAGAUCGACUGCCACUGUAUGUGGGUUCCUGAUGUAUAUCACUGGAUGGAGUCUUAGGAAAGUUCAGUAUCUUGUAACUUCCAAAAGACCCGCAGUCUACAUAGAUGAAGAGGCUUUAAUCCUUGCCAAGAAUGAAUUUUAUCAAAAAUUUGGAAAUAUUCAUUCUUCUCUGUGUCACAACUGUUAAGAUUACCCACUAUUUAUUGCAAAUACUCGGGUUGAAGGAUAUGUGGUGUGUUUUUGCUUUAAAACGAGCAGAGCUUUAAUAUUUAUUUAUGACAGCACAAUAUGAGCAAAUAAUUUAUUGCAGAAAUUCCCAUAAAUUUUUAAACAUCCAUCCUACCUAGUUCUGAAAUAUCUUGAUGCAGUUUUAAGAACAGUUGGCUAUUGCAAGUUGGCAGUGAUUUUUGACCAAGGAUGUCUGAUGGAAACUGCUUGUAGGUAACAAACUACUCCGAGAUGUUAAUUGUUUAUUUACCUAUAAAUCUUUUGAAAAUCACUGAGAUACAUUAUAAUCAGAAUGAGACCCUGCUUGAUAACAAGCCAUUAGAGCGAUUAAGAUCAUUAAAGCAAUAAUGUUAAAGGAUGCCUCCCCCAUUGAGAACACAUCCAGACUUCAUUCUGAUUGGGACAAUUCAGCAAACAUAGAAUGGUAGACAUUAAGGCAUGUAUUGGUUGCACCGCCAGAUAGUCGCUUACGUUGUAAGGAAACCUAACAGAAAAUCAUGUAGUAUGGUACAGCAGAAGACACAAUUAAUUAUCUCUGAUAGCAGGUACAUGAGUUACAUAAAAACACACCUUAGCCUUUCUUUCAUAUGUCAUCGUCUUCUAUUCAUCCCACAAACCGCUUAACAUAAUUCUCCUAAAAUACAUUUGUCAUUCACUUCAAUUGCUCCUUGAGAUAUCAUACUUUUACUACUUUGAGGUAAAAGGGAUUCUUGUAAAUGCCCUGUUGCAUUUACCAAUGACGAAUCUUUUAUCUCAUUUUUCAAUCCCUCCAGAGCUUCACCCUACCCUGUCUCAUUCAGCUUUACUUAUGUCCUGCCUUCCAGUUACAGGUUAUGUAGCAAUAUUGUCAGAGGGAUUAGGGGAUGCCUCUGUUCAUUCUAUAAGUCAGAGUACAAUAGGAAAACAAGAAAAUCAGCAGUGCAACGUGUCAAUGUACUAAUGCUAUAUUAAACAGUAAUUAUAUUAAUUUUAAUACCAAUUUCCAGGUGUAUGUUGUUAAUUUUGAAUGUAAAUAUGUCAAACAAACAAAAAUCAGAAUGGAGUGAAUAUUUAAUCCUGCUAUAAUGAAAUGUUGUUGCAGAAAAUAUUAAAACAUUGCUUUUGUUUUCAUAUUUAUCAAUUUAAUUACAAGUUCAAAUUGAAACAUUUAGAUUGGAAAGUUAUUGCAUUAACAGUGUAGAUGAAGUACAUUGAAAUAAAGGUGGAAAAUAAAAAGAGAGCCAAUGUCUCAGGUUGAUUUCCUUUCAUUGUAACUGGGACAUGGGUACUGUGCAUUAUAUUUGUUUGAAAUCUAUAUAAUUAAAAGUCUCAUCGACCAC